GCAUUGCGUCCAUGGGAAUCAAGAACAGAGGAGGAAGACCAAAAAAGUGAAGGGAGUGAUACAAGCGCGGAUCUUUUCGAGAUAGAGAGCCUUACAGGGAAACCUAAACCUUUUCUUACGAGGCAAGGAAGUGAUCCAGCUUCACCUACGUGUUAUGCUCCAAGUGAAGUAAGCGUAGAGUGGAGCAUAGUGACAGCAAGUGCAGCAGAUUUCUCUGUUAUGUCGGAAUGUGCAACAAGUCCUGUAAGAAGAAGCAACCGAUCUUCUCAGAUUCCACGAAUCCCUAUCACCGCUAAAUCAUCAGCACCGCAGAGACGGAAUUCGAGUAGCGGCGGCGGCGGAGGCGGUGGUUUCUUGUUGAGUUGCAAGAGUCAUAAAUCUGUUAGGGUUUCUGGAGAUUCAGAGAGAAGAAGCAGCAUGAACAAGACACAACCGAGUUAUGUCCCAAGAUUUCCAAUGGAGACUACUACUAAACCCAAGAGUUUCGAAACACGAAGAAGGAUCAGCAACAGCUCCAUUUCUCACACACAGUCAUCUCUUCUGUAUAGUCAGUGAUUGCGUAAAAGUAAAAAGAAUUUAAUGUCUCAUCUCUCUUUAUUUGUAAUUUCUACUGAGUGAGAAAGAUUUGUAAACUUAUCUAAUGUCUUGUUGAGUUCUUGAUCACAA